AUGUUGGAGGUUCAGAUUUUUACUAUUUGGGGGGGUUUAAUUAUGGUUGCUACUGCCAUAGUAGGAAUCUUUGCUAGUAGUUUUUCUAUGUUUGUAUUCUUUGUAGCUUCAUUAGCUACAUCAGUCAUUGGUAUGAUCUCUGUUUUUUCAAUUGUGAUCAUGGUUUCACCCAGCCACUCUACUACUAGCUCAAGUGAUAGUCCAAAUGAAAUAAGAAAAUUCCAAGAAAACAUCAAAGAAAUGGCAACAACAUUGCAAACAACCAAACAUAGUCUUUCUGAUAAUUCACAAAUAAUCAUGAACAGGAGUGUCAGUACAACGUUGCAGAACCUAAUGGAUCUAAUUUUCAGAGAUUUGUUAGAUUCUAUCCUCAAAGACAUCAUUCUCCCCACCGCAUCUAUGAAGAGUGAUGCAUGGGAAGCCUUGCAUAAAUUUUAUUGCAAAAUUAGCAACAUUGACCCAGUACAAUUUAUUACACAAGAUGUUGUUGUUCGCGUUACGCGGCAUCUGGAAAAAAUACGCCUCGCUCAAUCAAAUCCAGAAAAUUUGAGAGACAAAAUGAUAUCAUUUAACAUCUCGUCAUUUCUGCGGACGCCCCAGUUAGAGUUGGAAUUACUUCGAAAGUUGGCAGACGUGAUAAUAGUCAAUCUGUUCCCACGAUCAUAUGUUGAUUGUUUCUUGCUACGUCAUGCUUUGGGAGAACUGCUUGCUUGCCAAGUUUUGCAACCGGGAAUCGAUUGCUUGUGCGAUCCAGAUACAAUCAACCAGCAACUAGUCUUACAGCUACAUCGCCGCCAAAUGAUGAAGAAGGAUUACGCUUAUGCAGCUAGUUACGAAGACUUCGUUUCCCUUAUAGAAGAUUGCGAUGAUCUGGAAGAACUACGUCAAAUCAGAUACAACAUUGCAACGGAAAUCGCACAAGCAACUACUAUUGGGUCGAUGCGCCGAGCAAAGGGAACAGAGUCUGAUCAGGAAUCAUUGUUAUUAGGAUCAAGCAAACUAGAUCUUUUACAAGCUCGGAAUUUAAAACGCUACAUCAAACAACUUACUUACGCGAAGCUACAAUGCGAAAGACGACUACGCGUUUUAGGCGCACCAAUGAGCGACUUUUCCCGGUCUUCCACGUCUACCUCUAGUUAUGGUGAUGAAAUGGUACCCUCCUUCAAGACCGUUAUGCGUAAUAAUAAUCUUCGCCGGCAGCUCGAACUCUAUCUCAUUCAACAAGGAGAAACUCAAGUUGGUCUUUUGAAAUUUUGGUUGGCCACUCAGGAAUUACGGAGGCUAGAUCGCAAAGCAGCUCUUACAUCCGCAGCUCACAUGUUCUACACGUAUUUCAAUGGAAGCAAUCAAAUAAUCAAGCUAGAAAAAAGUUUGAUAAAAGGUAUGGAAGCAUUCAUUGUUGGGGACAAAGGACCCGAGGCUUUUUUUCAGGCUCAAGACCAAGUUUGGAAGGUGCUCGAGGAGCGUCAUUACCCAUCAUUCCUAGUAGUUCUCACUUGUCAGAUGACGGGUCGUCAGGGUUGUGAAACAGAUUCUGCAACGGAUCCAUUAAGAGAACGCCAUUUUUCUUGGAAAGAGCCGUGGAUUGCAGACGACCAGUCUGACGAUACAGCAGGCGUAAUGGAAUGGAGUGAACAGACGCAGUUUGCUAAAAGUCGAAUGGAACAAGUUGACGCUCGUCUCGUGAUCAAACUUCAGGCAAUGAGUAGCUUGCGAGGUGUCGCGCCAGAUAGCUCAUUGGUAGCUGCUUUGGAAAAAGAAGUAGAAUCACUACAGACAGAGCGAAGAGAAGUCGAAAACUGGCUAAAUCAAGCGGAAUCCUGGGCAGCUCAUAUGGGUCAAUGGAAAGCCAUUGUAGGAAUGCCACCACAGAAUCCUGAUGAGAAAGAAAAUGUCCGUUUUCCAAUCGAAUUGCAUCUGGAGGAUGAAGCGGCUAUGAUCGCUGUAGCAUCCAAUAACGGAUCGGCGUCGAGAAAAAGAGUGGCCAUGUCGUGGACCGUUUGGCGCCAGGUGGCCGAAUUUUACGCGCUUAUAAGUAAACUGAGCCUUACUUGUCCUUGGCUCAAAUCGUCUCAACUGCCUGCCGUCUCGGGCAAAUCGCUUUUUGGCAAGCUCAACGAUCGCUCUUAUUUGGAGCGAGCUCGAGAUAAACUCCAAAGUUUCCUUGACACGGUUAUGGCUGACGAUCGGCUCAACAAAAGCGAAGCUCUCUUUACGUUCCUGCACAAUACUCCGGUUUGCCUGCGCCAGGCAUUGGUAGUUGACGCACCCAAAAAAUCGAACCGUUUUUCUCUCGCCACGCUAUUUAAAGGGGACACACCUAGAGAAAGUGACGACGAUACCGAACAACAACAGCACGAUAACAACCCAGCGACAGGGACAGAUGAAACCGACUCGCUUUUCCAGUCGGCAUCUUCUGACGAUACCCGUGAUGGCAUCGCCGAACCAAUUUAUCAUCUGAUUAGUGAAGUGUUUGAGCUUCGUGGAGUGUUUGGAUGGCUACGCCGUACUUUGGUCACGUUUGUUCAAAUCACUUACGGACGCACAAUUAAUCGGCAACUCCGGGAUGUGAUUGCUAGUCUUUUUACCGAUCAAGCCGUACUUGGUUAUGUGCAGUUGCUGGUCAAAACAUGGUGGCCAGAUGGAACCUUAGUCUCUCCCGCACCUCCGCGAAGUACCGAAGAAAAGAGGAGAACCAAGCUUGAAGUUCGGGACCUGCUUCUGGCGAAUAUUCCGGACGUCUUGAAUCAAUUGCUAGGCCACAAGAAUGCAAAGCGAGGGACGCUCAAAGUCUUGGACGCACUUCAAGACGAACGUCUCAACAAGCAACUCUUUUACGACAUCUUGGAAGUGAUACUUAAAGAUGGAUUUCCCGAGUUGUCGAGUCUCUGAAAAGAGCCAUUUGGUCGUCUAAAAUGAGGUAAUCUCCUAUCGCGGAUGAUUUAUUAACACUCACACACAAAUCUACAGUCACUUUACACGAAUUAUAUAUUUUAAAAAAUAAUAAAGUUUAAGACCAAUGCUGGCGAAACGCAACAUAGUGUAAGAAGCAUUCCGAAAAUAAGUAGAAUUUCCAACAAAAAUAAUUCCAUUGAUUCCCUAUCUUCCACAUGACCUCCCAUGUAUAGUAUAUAAAUUUAUACGCUUCGGUAAAAGAAUGGCACAUUCGUAUACAAAAAUAUAAUAGUAUUAGACAAAAUAGGCCUAAUUGUUUAGAAUUAUCAACUAACAAAAACUUGAAAAAACUAAGUGUUACCGUGUAUUAUGGGUGUGUUUGUUUCUGUCGUGGGUGUUCACAUUGUGUCUACAUGUCUGUGCAAUACAGGAAACAAUCGAAAAAAACAACAAA